AUGGCCACCGUCGAAGCCAGAUUGCUUCGCUCAGUGGCCAACCACAUCGUUCUCCCACCUGACCUACCGGGUCACGUCGACAAGGACCUUCCCGAGAUUGACGGCGACCUUCUUCGCCGUGCUCAGGAUGCCUGUAUCGAGCUACGAACGGCCGUCGGAGACCACUUUCAAGAAGAGCUGCGACUUCUCGAGAAUUCUCUCGACUACGGCUUUUUCAUCCACACUGCAGCACAUCUUGACAGCUUACAGCUUCAACGUGCGUUUCGCCGAUUGCGGACGGGCGAAAUCCUCCUCAUCCACAUCGACGAACAAAAUGCCGGGUUAUUGGUGCGCAAUGGUGUCGGCGAUUGGGUAGGUCACAUCGUGUUCGAGGCGGUGGAAUUGUCCGCUCAGGCAGAGAGAGUCCUCCAAUGCACAAAUGCACUGCAGUGGAAUUUCCCCACCUCAGCGGCAGCCAUCCCCGCCGACGUCUUCGCGGAUGAAAGCUUUCAACAGCAUCUCUCUGAAUUUCUUAAAAGAGCCAGUGUGGAGAACAUUAAAAAAUUUGGUGCCGUGACGAGAAAGGCGAGAUCAGGCGCGUUCGAACCGCGAGACACCGCCAACCCAGCCUUGAUCACUGGGCUCCUUAUUGCGAUACUGGAAGGAUUGGGACGGCCUGUCACGGUGCGACCGAUUCCUAAACGCAUCAGGGAUGAGGUUCGAUUCAAGGAUGCUCUUGUCCCCUGGAGGAGAUCACCAUUUUGGCUGCUGUUGAGGGUGGGGAUGCUGCGUCAUCUCGAGGAAUCGGCCAAUCCCACAGUAGGCCGGGCACUGUACAAGGCAAUUAUGUGUCUGCUCCAAUCUCGGCUGCUGGCGCAGGCGGUAGACUGUCAGACCGCAGAUCUCUCCAGUCUUCUGCUCCGCAAAAUUUGUCGGCGCAUGGCCAAGAUGGAAACCGACCAGAUCUCGACAGCCGGCACCGACGCCACUUCAGUUGCAGCGCUAGACGUGAUCCUCCGCAGCGUACGGCCGAUGCUCCGCCAAGCCACGAGGCGUGCCCGCGCGAAUCUGCAGGACGCAUGGAAUCGCUACAAGGCCAAAAUGCAGCGUCGGAUCACCCCGUUCAGGACUCGCUUCGCGAGCCCGGAGCAUCUCAGACUCACCUUGAUCAACAGUGAGCCGUACCUCCAACGUGUCAGACAGGAGCCUCCAACGGGAGAGGCGCCGACCAAUGUGGAUGUCAUGGAUCGAGCCGUGCGCCAAAUCGUUCGUGAAUACUCCAACUUGGCACAGGUCGAAGACGAGUACCUUAAGGCUGACAGCAAAGCGACAACCGUCGACGAGGCGGCCGGAGCCCAUGCUGUGGCGGUGCUCGCGGACGAUAUGGCGUCAUAUCUGUCCCUGACGCGUGGUCGUUGCUACGAAGUCGGUACGGUGGAGCGAAGUCGAAUGAUCCUGGUCUCCAUGUGGCUAUGGGUCAUGAUGGAUCAGCUCUUGUGUCGACUUGUGCCCGAAUCCGCCAAUUACCGACCAAUCUUUCACCCCCGUAUGUUGGAUUGCGUGCUCCUCUUAUCCUACUCUGAUCUGAAACGCCUUCACGAAAUUCAAACCUAUCUCGCGUGGCGACAUGCCGGCGUUGGGCGUGACGAAAGCAAACAGACGAUAUACGAUCCCCCGAGGCCCCAGUGUUUUGCCGAGCGCUGUUUCGAUAGUAGUCUCAGCGACUCUGCAGUUCGCCGGCUGUACACAACCGUUCAAGAAAGGGAGGCUAAACGGCAGCUCGACAAAGAAAACGAAUGGGCCGAGAGAGAUGCCCAACACCAGCGACUUACCGCAGAGUUGGCCGAUCUCGCCUGCGAGUUUACACUCGUCGGUGACCUGCUGGUCCCAGAGCACGACGCAGACAAGUGCCGUAAAUGCGGCUUGACCAAGAAGGUCGAGACAUUGAGAAUCGAAAGGAUCGAGAAGGCCUUGCCCAGGGGCAUUGUCGAGACGAAAGCCGUGCUCGUCGAACUACAAUGCCAGAAGUUCUGCGUCGCGUACCGAAACGCUACGUGGUCGCUGGCCGCGACUCUAGGCCUGCCCAACGUCGAACAGACAGCAAAAGAACCGUUCAUCACGUGCCAAAAGUACUAUGCCCAAUUCUGCCGUGGACCGACGCCUUGCAAGAUUGGAAUAACGUUGGCGUCGCGCACGAAAUCAUUCUUGCAGACUCACUACCGAUACGUCCAUUAUCCGGUUCCGUUCGAGAAGGUUUGUGUCGACAAUGGACUUAGAUUCGAGUAUUACGAUACUGAUCGAAAGCUAUGGCCGGCCGAGCACCUGCGCAACAUCACGUUCGACCACCAUUGCUGGGUGCCACUGCCACGACGCAGUCCUUUCGCCCAGAUUGACUUCCCUCAGCGACUUCUACCCUUCCAGCCGCAGACUUCUACUGACCACGGCUCCCUCUCGGACCCAUCGAAGCCUGCGACGGGACGAUACCUGACCGCCAAAGCCGAGGUGGUUUCAAAUGAGGUCUUAGCUGCCCUCCCUGGCUGCCCUCCCGCCCUGGGCAAGCCUGAAUUUACGGCAUUUCUGGGCCUGCUGGCCGACAGACGACGUCUGUGGCCUGCCAUCCUCGUCGAACUUGGGUCUUCGAACCUCAAUUUCAGUUCCGAUGCCGUCGUGAUUUUGUUGCAGACACUGUCUCACCGGACCGGCCCUCCUGACGUUGACAAAUUUCAUGCGACGAAUCUCAUUUUCCGAGAUGAGUCCUUCUGCGUCAGGCUGUUGAGCCAGAUCGACCGUCGGGUAUCCGCCAUCGCCUCGAACUGGCGUGAGAGCCACUCUAUGGAGGUGAUGCUUGGCCUGACCUUGAAGGUUAUCAGCCUCGGAAGCGAUGAUGCCUGCGUCAAGGCCACGCCGCUCCUGGAGAAAGUCCGCCUUUGCACGCUCAAUUGGAUCAGAACAAUUCGUCGAGAGCUCUGGUGGACGACUAGCACGAGCACUUCCACUCGAUUGACUCGCUGUAUGAUGUGGGCGGCGUUGUUGUGCCGCCGCACCUUCACGAUGUACUGCUCGGAAAGUCGUUCGUCGACCCCGAUUGCAGGAGGACUGACACACAUACCCCACAAGCCCAUCGUCGCCACGGCGUUGGUCGCCUUCCUCGAAGCCUCUAUCACCUUGCACGAGAACCUGGCCGAGGGCCUGGAGAAGCUCCCUCCACUACUGCGUAGUAUGCUGAUUCGUGACCUGAAGAUGGCAACCCUCCUGCAGGAGCGUGUCCAAAUGUCCAUCUACGCGAGUCCUCGCACGUUGAUCGAGGCCAUGGUCGAGGCAAACGCCGUCUCUGGAGAAGCUCUUUCGACAGAGCCGACGUCUGUGUCAUUUGAGGGGCGACACGAGGGACUGUGGGCCACGAUUGAUCUCCCGGGCAUGCAAAACUGCGCCGCCCUGAGCAUCGAGUUUCACCUUGUCACAGGGGCGUUAUUGCUCAAUGGCAGGUCUGUCGAGAAGGAGCUUCCGCCCCAAUGGCGGCACGAGGACGCCAUUACCCGAUUGUUUCCCAAUCAACGAUUAGUAGUCUAUCCCUCCACCCUCCUCGGCAUGACCUACAAGCUCGCCUUCAGCCCCGAAAACCAUGAGAUCCAUCUUGGAUACCGCCGAGGUGAUCUGAUCGUGCGGGCUUGGGCCCCGACCGGUGUGUGGGAAUAUGUCCCUGCGAACCUUUUUGAACGAGACGGGACGUUUGACUUACCUGCAUCAUUGGUGGACGAUUGUGUACACUGGCUUCACCUGCACGACCGAGUCGUGGAGGUGAGGAAACUCGCGAAACCAUGGAGAACUGGACCGGGCAAUUGGACACUCGACCUGGUUACCAGAGUCGCCCGACGCCGACAAUCGUUUCUGCUGGACCCCCAUAGCAAUCUGUUCCACCACUUCGCCAGCGUCUUUCGUGGGUUCGAAGAUCCCCGCCACAUCACCGUCUUUCAGCCGUCGAAGUAUCCUUUAGCGGUCGAGCUGCGCCGUCACGAGUUAACCUUCGUCCUGAACCAGCGGGGCUUGCUCGAGUGUCGACAACUGCACGCGGAGAUUGAUGAGAACCAAGAUGCUGGUGUCUGGUACGGGCUCUCUUCUCAACUGGUCCUCCGUGAUGUCCAAAAUCCCCGUCAAAGAAGUGUGUUAGUUCCCCUGGGCCCACCAAUUAUCCGGCGGAGAGGUAUGCACGUCGACGUCGAGAUACAGAGGAACGACCCGGCUUUAGGCCGCUAUUACUUAGACGAGGUGCUGGGGCGGGUGACCUGCGCAUCAGAGCCUCGACUAUACUACACUAAGGCUCUUUUAUAUGCAUGUACCUCCUUCUGCCUCUCUGACCCACUCACGGGCAAGACGGGGGCGGAUGAGGCGUGCCACAUCUUACAGGCGGGUGGCUGUCAACCGUAUGCUCCAGCCAGCGAAGCAAUUACGACAAUUCUCGAUUCGAUUGCGAACCUAACGCCGAAGCAUCAAUUUUAUCCCGAAGACCUCCGCGUCAUGGAAACGGUCACGUGGAUCCCGGAACGCACGGUGUCCAUCCAAGAUGAGCGAUAUCUGCACCUCGUCAACGUUAUCAAACAAAAGUCUGAUCGGCUGGCCUUGUUUGAAUUGGAAGACAAAGCCGCUGGCCGACCUCUGCCGUCGAAGAUAGCCACGUCGAAUGUCAGAGACGCUCAUCUCGUGCGACGGGCCCAAGCGCGACGGCUCGUGUACCAGCCGCUCGAGUGGACCGCUAGCGCAACCGCCACAGCUACCGAAAGCACAGAGGACCUACUUUACCGUGGUCGUGGCUACCAUGAGUACAAGAAGAGCGAGGACCACGUGUUCGAGGUGGUCCACCUCAUUCACAGGUGGCCAGCAGAGCUUCCCUACAUCGGCCCCCUCCACCUCAUGAUGCAGCAAUGGCCGUCGAUCGCCGGUUACGGUGACGGGACGGUAACGUACGACAAGAUACGCCUAAGCGAUCAUCUCGAUCUCAACCUCGCCUCGUCGUGGGGUCCAUUGGUCAACAUGUGUCGGCGGAACGGGCUGGAGGCCAGGUACAAGCUCAUAUUUCUCUUGGCGACGAUCAGUUUCCGCGAAGAAAUCGACAUGCGCGCCAUUCACACUUUGAUGGCAUUCUGCCUGUUUCCAGAGCUCAAAUGCAUUGACCUGCCCUCGUCGCCAUCGUACAUACAGUUUCGCCCGGGUUUCCGUCCCCGCGCAGAGUACGUCAAGCGCAUGCUGAGCUGUUGUGCUUUGCCGUUCACGGCCGUGGGAGGCUCAUCCUGCUCGAACCAAAGAGAACGAAAAGCGUUGGCUGCGGCUCAGAGAGCCUAUGAGCUGCAGGUGGUCCAUGACCUGGAAGCCCUAGUCACCUCCUUGUCCAAGCAGUGGCCGUGUCCCCGACCUGACUUGAGACAAACAGUGACGUCCACACUGGAUCUCGACCUUGCUCUGUCCUCGAUCGCGAUCGAAUGGCAUACCAUAUUCGAACACCACACGCUCGAAAAGCAUCUGUGGCAGGUGCAGGCUGUCCUCGACCGAUACACGGCUUCUCAUCCUGCGAAGACGCGAGAGAUACUACCCGAGUUCCGCAGUGUGCCUGCUCCACGCAGCGUGGCCCUGUCACAACUUUGUCUGCGCGACAAAGAAGGUCCCUUGGCUGACCUGUCGGCUGUCAACAUCGGCGACCCUUUGUCAUCUCGUCAGGCGGCAGCGCGUCCCCAACGCCGACACCCAGACCUCGAGGAGCUGAAUCAGAUCGUGGCAGAAAUACCGAUUUCGAGGUCCACUGUGAGGCAGGAAUACUUUCGUGGGCUCCGGCACUCGAUGGUCGCCCUCGAGACCUACCGAGACCGAGUCAAGCCACGUCAACCGGUAGUCGAUCUGGCUCACUUGGAUUUGCUCAUCGCCAGUGCGACGACCGCUGUUGAUGCGUGCAUGCGCGAGUUAGUCGAUGCUGUGAAGAAGAACGAGCCUGGGGCCAUGUGGUUAGAAAUGGCAGGUCUCUGGCCCCCACUCAGUCGUGUAUGCGUCCUUGAGACGCUACGCAGCAUCGAUCCCACGCCGAUGACUCCUUCCAUGCGAAGGGCCAUCAUCGCUCUGGGCCUGGAGAUCAGCCAAGUUCAGCGUCUACUUCGAAUACAGGACGCCAACCGACGUGGCAGGACUCAGCAGGUCGAGGAGGAAGUCAGGAACUCUGGCCACACCAACUGGGAUGUCGAAAAAUACGCCGACUGGCUGCUGCUGGAGAUCGAUGCUGACAUCAUGAUUCGCCCGAUCCAGGCCGAAGUAGCCUUUCAGAUCAUCUCACCCGCAUCCGGGUCUAACUCUGUACUGCAGCUGAAUAUGGGUGAAGGGAAAACCUCGACGAUCAUCCCUCUCGUCGCGUCUAUCCUCGCAAACGGUAAAUCUCUGUGUCGCGUGGUCGUCCCCAAGGCGUUGCUCCUGCCGACUGCUCAACUGUUGCAGGCGAGACUGGGUGGCCUGCUGGGUCGGGAAUUGUGCCAUGUGCCCUUCUCCCGCCGGAUAUCGUCGAGCCGCGAGCAGAUCGAGACCUACCAGGAGAUUCAUGCGUCCAUGCUCAAAGGCUCGGGGGUGGUCAUAGCGCUCCCUGAACACAUUAUGUCGUUCAUGCUCUCGGGUCAGCAGCGUCUCCUGGACGGAAAGGUCGAGGAAGGGAUCAGAAUGGUCGACGUGCAGCGAUGGCUCUCCACCAAGAGCCGAGACGUGUACGACGAAAGCGAUUUCACCAUGGCGGUCAAGACACAACUCAUCUACCCGUCAGGGCCACAGCUGACCGCCAACGGUGGAACUUGUCGGUGGCGAACUAUACAGAUGGUGCUCAAAUUGGUGUAUUCUCAUUUAUCCGCACUCGAGCAAUCCUUCGAGUCCAGCAUUCAAGUCGUCCAACGCCAGCCCGGGGCCUUCCCUUUCAUUCACUUCCUCCGAACCGACGUCCAGCACGCUCUGACACAGCGCAUCGUGACAGACAUCUGCGACGGGCGGACCACCUUGCUGAACGUCGAGAACUUCUUGCCGCAGGACCGAAUGGCACUCCAAUCCUUCAUCACUGAAGCCAAUCCACCGAGGGCGUCCGUGGAAAGCGUCUCGGAAAUACACCGAACGAGCCCUUCAGAAGGACACGUCAUCUACCUACUCCGUGGUCUACUGGUCCACCGGCUACUUAUUCUGACAUUGAGCCGCCGUUGGAAUGUUCAGUACGGACUACACCCUCACCCGGCUCGAGCUUUGGCGGUGCCGUACCUCUCCAAGGGCGUUCCAUCCAACCUGGCCGAAUGGGGUCACGUCGAUGUCUCCCUGCUGUUGACGUGUCUGUCCUUCUACUAUCAAGGACUGUCACCGGAACAGCUGCAGCAGAGUCUGGAGCAAAUCUCGCAGUCGGACGAUCCGGCUCGUGAGUACGAGCAAUGGGUGCAGGGAUCAGCCGGUCUGUCCGACAGCCACCGCGAUUGGACGUCGAUCAACAUCGAGGAUACGUCUCAAGUGAGCGAAAUAUGGUGUGGGGUGCGUUACAGUAUGACCGCGAUCGACCACUUCCUCAAUCACCUCGUGUUUCCCCAGCAUGCCAAGCAGUUCAAGGUCAAGCUGCAGGCGAGUGGAUGGGAUCUUCCCUUGGCGGGUAGGAGAGUCAGCCUGACCACAGGUUUCAGUGGCACCAACGACAAUCGUCUCCUCCUGCCUCUCACGAUUAAGCAGGACGACAUGGAGGGUCUGGCGCACACGAACGCUGAAGUACUGACGUAUCUUCUGCAGUCGCGUAAUCGGGCUUAUUCUCUCGCCGGUCUCCGAGAAGUGUCUGGCGGAAAGAUAUUCUACCGGCGAUUGUCAGAAUUUGACCUCCUAUAUAAACUCUACCACAUGGGCAUUCGGAUCCUGCUCGACGCCGGCGCAUUGAUUUUAGAGAUGACGAACGCCACGCUGGCCAGGAUGUGGCUCGAGAUUGACGUCGGAGCGGAGGCCGCGGUGUCCUUCGACAAGGACAAUAAGGCUUGGGUCGUGACGCGCGCUGGACGCAGGACUCCACUCCUCGCGUCCUCAUACGCAGAGGACCUGAGCGCGUGUCUAGUGUAUUUAGACGAGUCGCACACUCGUGGCACCGACAUGAAAUUCCCGACUCGUGCCCGGGGCGCCGUCACCCUCAGCCUCGGGCAGACUAAAGACCACACGGUGCAGGCUGUAAUACGACUGAGGCAGCUAGCGACGACGCAGUCCAUCACCUUUUUUGCGCCCCCUGAGGUGCACCAAUCGAUCCUUGACUUUCGCGGUAAGGUUGACGGCGGACACCUAGACUCGCACGACGUGGUGUGCUGGCUCCUCGAACAGACGUGCCAGGGCCUGGAGAAUCUCCAGCCGCUGUGCUAUGCUCAAGGGGUAAAUUACUGCCGGCGCACGCAAGCCGCUCACGACCAUCCCCGCUUCAUCACCGAUCCAGAUCAACGACGGGCCUAUCUAGAAUCUCUCCAAGACCCUGAAGAGCAGUCACUAAAGUCCCUCUACGGGCCACGAACCGGGAAAGCCCCUAAGCAGAAGGAUCGCGUUCCUGCUGUUGUGUAUCACGGUAACUUGAUAAGGCAUGUCCGGGAGCUGGAAAGACGAAGAAAGGCGUUCCGAGAUACGGGCAACGCCGUGCACGCGUCUGCGCUGCAGGAAGUGGAGCAGGAGCGCGAGGUGGCUGUCGAGGCCGAGACCAUCCGCGAGCGACAGAGACCAGUGUUUUUUCCACCCACGGACAUUUCCAGGCAUCGCCCCUGA